UGGAUGAAAGUUGUGGAGGAGUUGCUCACUAACGGUUCGGUAGGUAAAGCUUAGCGUCGGUCCAAACAUGGAUCGGAACAUCAGCCUGUGGGAGCUGCUGGAGGAGUCCCUGGGACCCACCCACAGCGGCUCGGUCAACUUCAGCGCCCUCCACGCGCUGCUGCAGGCGGUGCUGCAGCAGCUGGACCUCCGGGAGGUGAAGACCAGCUGGAGCCUGCCAGAGACCCAGGACUCUGCGUGGGACGGUACCGAGGGGUCCCGGUACCAGGCUGCAGCCCAGCAGCCAGAGAUUUUGGCGGAGGUGAAGCGGUCCUGCCACCGUGUGGACGAGCUGGAGAAGGAAGUGAACUUCCUAAAAGAGAACUUCCUGAAGGAGAACUUCCCGAAGGAGAACUUACUGAAGGAGAACUUCCCGAAGGAGAACUUCCUGAGGGAGAACUUCCCGAAGGAGAACUUCCUGGAGGAGAACUUCCUGGAGGAGAACUUCCAGAAGAACCCGGAGACCUGGAGAUCGGCUCAGGCACAUCUGGAGGACCUGAAGCCUCAGCAGCUUGGCGCCUCAGCGGGUUCUGAUGGACCCACCUCCAUGGAACGGGCCGGACCUGCUCACCCUGCCCCCUCAGGAGCCGGGUCAGAGGGUGGAGGGAGCCGCAGAGGCUCCGACAGAACCGCAGACCCAGGACUGGAUGAUGAGGCCCAGUCCGCCUUACCAGGUUCUGAUGCAGAAGGUCCUGAAGGUCAAACUUCUGGAUCCGGACCUGCUGACGUCACUCCUCCUGAGGUCAGCAGCGACCUGAGCAGAACCUCAGCUCCCAGUCCCGCUGAGCCGACUCGGCCUCAGGAAGCCGGAGAUCUGGAUCAGAACCAGGAGACGACGGAGGCGGUGGGGAACAUCAGGGUCGUGGAAGAACGCCAGGAGCUUCUAGAACAGAGCAGGGCCUUCAGAGGUGGGACCGGAGCGAUCGGUUCUCCAGAUCCUGAACAUCUGCUUCUCCUCUCAGCUCCUCAGGGCGCCUCCAACCAGCUGACGGAGGAGCAGCAGCAGGACAGCGCCUCCACGGAGAGCCUGAUGAUCGACCCGCAGAAGCUGGGAGCUCUGGAGGACGAUCCAAGCAGCCAGGAGGUGGCGGCAAAGGGAGACGCUGCCCAGGUGCUCUGGAAGCAUGUCUCCUACAUCAGGAACUUCCUGUUCAAGGUGGAGAAAGACCUGGAUCAUCUGAAGGAGAAACAGGCUGAGAGGGAGGAGAAGGCUGCAGACCAGCAUCUGCAGGAGCAGCUGGAUGAGCUGCGGGGCGCCAUGGAGGACAUGAUGCAGUCCAGCAGCCACCAGGAGGACGAGCGGGACCUGGAGCUCAGUGAGAGCACCUGGAGGUCCGCUUUGAGGUCCAGCUGUGCUACCGUUGGCAGGAAGCUCGGACUUCUGCUGCAGCGCCAUGAGCAGCUGCAGGACACGGUGGACGCUCUGCUCCAGCAGCAGGAUGGACGCCAAGCAGGACGGGUGGAGGACAGGGAGCCCCGCCGAAGGGAGGAGGAGUUCCAGCACUUUGUGUCGGCCAUCGUCAAGCUUCAGACUGACUGUGAAGAGCUGCAGAAGACCACCAGGAGCCUCCAGGAGGACAUCAGGCAGGAGGCGGGACACGUCCAGGAGCUCCACAGGAAGGCCGAGGAGCUGCAGGAGAAGAAGGCUGACAGGGAGCUGCUGGAGAGCCAAAUGGAAGCGGAGCGGUCUGCUCUGCAGAGCAAAGUGAGCAGUCUGCAGUUCGAGGAGGCCAUGGAGCAGCAGAUCUUCCUCCACCACCAGCUGCUCCAGAAGAUGUCGGACCUGGAGGAGGACUGGCACCGGGCCCGUGAGCAGCUGUCCAAUGAGAUGGAGAGCAGGCUGAAUAAGGAGGACCUGGACUCCAUGAAGACGCAGCUGGAGGAGCGUUGGAGGAGCUUCCAGGAGAAGCUGCCGGCGUACUGCGCGCCACAGCAGGACCAUGCUGCCGCCAUGAAGAGGCAGCUGCUCCCGCCGUUCAAGUGCCUGUCCUGCGAUCGGAUCAUCAUGAAGGAGGUUCCUGGAAGGGUUCUGGAAACAGUGCCCCUCUUUCAGGCUACGCACCCCCAGAAGUCUGUCCAGAGCCCGGGGCCGACCCAACAGAACUACAGGAGGUGAGGUUCCCUUCCCACACUGGACAGAACCGGGGAACCGUGUGGUUCUGGUCCAAAGUGUUUAAACCUUCAGGAGUGAAGCUCUGAACCCAAAGUCACCAGAAUGGUUCCUCAGAACCCUGAAGUCCUGCCUGGUAGGACCGUUGGGUUCCUGAACCAUUGUGGGUUCUGGUUCUGCUGGAGUUGUCCUCCUCUUCAAAGGCAGAACUUUGCGAUUAAUCCAGAACUCUGUGUUUUGAACGUCCUGUUUGUUUGGAGCAGCGAGCGCGGUUCUGAUGCCGCGGCCCGAAGCUGCAGCGUGAACCAACCCAACACCUCUCUGAGUCAGCGAGG